ACACCCGGAUUUCAACAUAUCCAAAUCAAGAAACUUCAUCCUACAUUUGGUGCGGAAGUAUCGGGUGUUGACUUUUCGAAGGAAAUCCCCAGUGAGAUUUUUGAUGAAAUUUUGGAAGCGUUGAUUAAGGUGAGUUUCCAUCUAUUUGGCGAUAUUCCUACUUUAAUUUCCUAUGUAAACACUCCUCAAUCUUGUAUUAAAGCAAUUGGGUUGCACGCUAAAUGUGAAAGUAUGCGGUCUGUGUUUAUAGAGACACUGGACUCGAUGAUCGCCGACAUGUCGAGUUCUCAACACGAUUUGGGGAGUUAGAUGAUAUCAAACCGUAUUUAACGAAAGGUGGGUCUAGGAACAACCUUUCAUAUUAGCGUCCCUUUUUCGAGGAAAUCUACUAAGAGGGCAUACAGGCCGAAAGCUUCGAUAUGAACACCUCGAGUUGUUUGACGCAGGAAAUGUUGACGACGAAGGAAAAGUCUUGGCACCAGAUGAUCCAAGAUCACAGUACAGCAAAGUAUUUUCCAUGCCAUGUGUCUAGAUGUCAAAUGUCUAAGCUCCCUCAAAGGGCAAUUUUGCUUUUCCACGUAGACUCUUCCUUCAAUCCUCGUCGAGCAUCAUAUUCUCUCCUCCGCGGCGUGAUCCUCCCACCCCCAGAAACAGGAGGAAACAUAGACUUUGCGGAUACCCGCACAGCCUACGAUGAACUUCCAAAAUCCACAAAGGAAAAACUCCUCAAAGAAGAUUACGUCGUCGCCCACUCUUUUCACCACUCCCGCAAAAUCGCUGCCCCAGAAUUCUUCAAAGAUCUCGAUCCAAGGAGCAUAAAAAUGUCCAAACACAAAUUACUGCAAGUCCACGAACCAAGUGGGCGUAUGAAUCUCUACAUUGCGUCACAUGCGCAUCACAUUGAGGGGCUUCCUAAGGAACAAUCUGAUUCCUUAUUGAGGGAAUUGAUGGUGCAUUGUACGCAGGGGAAGUAUACAUUUUCAGUGCAGUGGAGACAACCUGGGGAUCUAAUCAUUUGGGAUAAUACAUGUUGUUUGCAUAGAAGUGGCGCUAUUGAAGGUGGGUAUGUGAGAGAUAUGAGGAGGACUACUGUUCAUGAUGGAAGUUCAAUGGCUUGGGGAAUGAACAGAGAAGGAGAGAGAAAACAAGGGUUUACAGUUGGCAGGAUGGGAAUGAUGCCUGAGAGAGAGAGUUGGGUUGAAAAAGAUAAGGUUGUUGUUUGA